GAAUCCAUUUUUCUUGACGUCACAUCAAAUUUUCGCAAAAUAUAAAACUUGUAUUUAAAUCACAUAUAUACCCAGCCAAAUACACAUAAAUCAAGUUAUAUUUGUGCAACGAGAUAGGAUGGGCAGCAACGACAGAGCCUCCAGAUCGCCGCGUUCGGAUGACCAGCGCGAUAUCGGCGAGAUGCCAGUCACAAAGCGUUCACGCUCGGACUCGGGCAAGUCAGCGGACACGAAAAUUCCCUACCUUUCGCAGCCACUGUAUGAUCUGAAACAGACGGGCGAUGUGAAAUUCGGACCUGGCACCCGAUCCGCAUUGCUGGGACUGCUUGGCGGUGCACUGCCCAAGCUGACCUCGGAACAGCAUGAUCUUGUCAGCAAGGCCAAAAAGUAUGCCAUGGAGCAGAGCAUCAAGAUGGUCUUAAUGAAGCAAACGCUUGCCCAUCAGCAACAGCAACUGGCCACCCAACGCACCCAGGUGCAGCGGCAACAGGCCCUGGCGCUCAUGUGCAGGGUUUAUGUGGGCAGCAUCUCGUUUGAGCUCAAGGAGGACACCAUACGCGCUGCUUUCACACCAUUCGGACCCAUCAAAUCGAUUAAUAUGUCCUGGGAUCCCAUCACACAGAAGCAUAAGGGUUUCGCAUUUGUUGAGUAUGAAAUACCGGAGGGCGCCCAGUUGGCGCUGGAGCAAAUGAAUGGCGCAUUGAUGGGCGGCCGCAACAUUAAGGUGGGCAGGCCAAGCAACAUGCCGCAGGCACAACAGGUCAUCGACGAGGUGCAGGAGGAGGCCAAGAGCUUCAAUCGCAUCUAUGUGGCCUCCAUACAUCCGGAUCUGUCGGAGGAUGACAUCAAGAGCGUCUUCGAGGCCUUCGGUCCCAUUCUCUACUGCAAGCUAGCGCAGGGCACAUCUGUGCACACGCACAAGGGCUACGGUUUCAUUGAGUAUGCCAACAAACAGGCCAUGGACGAGGCCAUUGCCAGCAUGAAUCUCUUCGAUUUGGGCGGCCAGUUGCUGCGUGUUGGACGUUCGAUUACGCCGCCAAAUGUGCUGUCGUGUCCUGCUACAAAUUCGACAAUGCCAACGGCUGCAGCAGUUGCUGCUGCCGCUGCCACAGCUAAGAUACAAGCCCUGGAUGCGGUGGCCAGCAAUGCGGUGCUCGGUUUGUCUCAAAAUACGCCCGGUCUGGGCAUUGCCGCCAAAGUGAACGCCAUGCCCGUGGUGAGUGCGGCCACCUCGGCGGCUGCCUUGCAUCCUGCUCUGGCGGUGCCAACAGCACCCGCUGCUGCACUGCUGCCGCCUGGCAUAUACCAGGCGCCCGGUCUUGGCGGACCCAGUUUGUUGGGCGUGCCGGUCGGUUUGCCUACGCUGCAGAGUGUGGCACCCACACUACCGCCACCCGCGCUCCUAGCAACGCCGCCUGCCGUGGCUUUGGCAGCCGCGGUACCCGCCGCAGCAGCAGUGCCACUCGGCGUGGUGGAGGCCAGCAAUGGAGCGCCGGUCGUCUUGUCUGCGGCUGCCAAUAAUGCUGCGGCAACGGCGGCAAAUCUGUCGGAGAACAUUAAGAAGGCGCAGGAGAAGCAGCAGGAGGAGCUGCAAAAGAAACUGAUGGACGAGGGCGAUGUGCAGACGCUGCAGCAACAGGAGAACAUGUCCAUCAAGGGCCAGAGUGCACGCCAGCUGGUUAUGCAAAGGCUGAUGCGACCACAGGACUCACGCGUCAUUAUCUUGCGGAAUAUGGUCGGACCCGAUGAUGUGGACGAGACGCUGCAGGAGGAGAUUCAAGAGGAAUGCAGCAAAUUUGGCACAGUCAGUCGUGUCAUCAUAUUCAACGAAAAGCAAACCGAAAACGAGGACGACGACGAGGCCGAGAUUAUUGUCAAGAUCUUUGUUGAAUUCUCAGCGGGCGUCGAGGCGGUGCGCGGCAAGGAUGCGCUCCACGGACGUUUCUUUGGCGGACGACGAGUCGUCGCCGAGCUCUACGAUCAGGCGCUCUUCGAUCAGGGCGAUCUAUCGGGUUAGAGAGCCGAGAGCGGAGAGCAGAGACGGAUGCGAAUGUAUCUUUAGGCUUACGGAUACGGAUACGGAUACGGACCUAUGUCUGGCAGCAAACAGCCUUUUUUUACUUAGAAAUUAAACGAACAAUUAUUAUUUAUUACUUGGCGCGCAAGUCACAAGCCACGAAUUGUGGUCGAAGGAGAUUGUAAAUUUUUGGACAAAGUCAAUGAUUGAUGAGCACAGUAUCUAUUAUAAUUAAAUAAUAACUAUAAUGUGGGCAGUUGAAAUGUUGAUAGUGAUUGAUGUAUUAACGAUCCGAUCCCGAUCCCGAUCCCAAGCAAUUGUCGCCAGUUUCUGUACAAAUUAAGCCAAGUGCAAGUGUUUUCCCCAACAUGCACGUCCAACAGUUCAUUUUUCUGUCGCAUACACACAAAACCUACAAGAGUGUACAUUUUAAUAAUUUUGAGCGCUUAAAACUUACAAUAAAAGUCUAGUUUCCCAUAAAGCAAA